AUGGAAUUCACCCGUGAAGAAAGACUCAAGUUGGCGGAUAUUGAUCCCGAACUCGCCGAAACACUGAAGAACAUCAUUAUCCCAAAACCAGACCCUAGAGUUGACCCUGCAAAAAUUAUAGCCGGAAUACGCGAAUACAUGAAAAGCCAACACAAACCCGCGGACCCAGACAGUGGCGUUGUCGAAUAUGACAUUUUCUACCCAGCUCGAGACGGUCAUCAACUACGUGCACGAGUAUUUCGACCGGCAAAUCCGCAGGAUAAGGCUUCUCCGCUUGUAGUAUAUUACCACGGUGGUGGAUGGACAAUCGGAUUCCCAGAAGAUACGGCACCAGCAUGUCGAAACCUCGUGCAAACGCUCGGCGUAGUCUGUCUUGCGCCGUCGUAUCGACAGGGUCCUGAGGACCCGUUUCCAGCUGGGAUUAAUGAUGCGUGGGAUGGAUUGCAAUGGAUUGCAUUACAUGCAGAAUCUAAGAUAUCUGUUGCUGCGGUGUCGUUGUCGAGUGGGUUUGUGAUUGGUGGUUCUUCGGCGGGGGCUUCGAUGGCUGCUAUUUUGGCUCAUUUGGCUCGUGAUGAAGGUCUCGCUAAACCGAUUACGGGUUGUUUUCUCCUUGCGCCGAUGACCUUACCGCCUGAAACGCUGCAAAAUUUUCCAGAGGAUUGGAAGCAUAAGGAUUCGUACCUCUCACGCACGCAAGAAGCUUGCAAGCAAGAUCCUAUCCUGACCCCUGAGCUUGACAAGAUCUUCCGCGAGUCUGCAGCGGGAGAUACCCAGUCACCGAUGUUUGUUCCCUAUAUAUGGCCGACUGGUCAUGCAAAUUUACCGCGGACAUAUCUUCAGGUAUGUGGUAUGGACAUUCUGCGCGAUGAGGUCUUGAUUUAUGAACAAACCCUAAGGGAGCAUGGAAAUGAAACGAGGCUGGAUAUCUAUCCCGGCAUGCCGCAUAUAUUUUAUAAUACAUUUGGGAUGUUGACGCAGGGAAGGAAAGCGAAGAAGGAUUUCGAGGAGGGACUUAAGUGGUUGCUGCGUUGA